CAGUUGUCAUGACUACAUGUUAGAUGUGUUACGGUAUUAAUGGUAUUAAUAUUUAGUUUGAAAUGUGUUUUGUAUGACAUUUGUAUAACAUUUAAAUAACAGUACAAUUGGUUUGUCUUUAAGUUAACCACUCAUAUGGUGUCAGAUAUGUUAUUACAGUAACUGAUGGUCGCAUUGAUCCACACUUUCGGGUAAUAGUAUUAUAGUGUUAAGUGAAGGCAAUGCCCUCUACUGGUGCCCAAUAUCUCAGUGAUCGUCCAUUUUGUUGAUUGACGUAUUGGUGGUAUAGUAGUGAUAGUGAUGUUGUUCAGCAAAUGACAGACCAUUGAUGUGGUAAUCGACAUUACGAGUGGUUUUAAUGAAACCCAAAGAGGAGGCGAUGAAUCAUUCAGAUGGCGGUGAUGUCGAUGAUCUCAGUGACGACCCUUCAUCUCCCGAAAGUGCAUCCUUUGACGACGCAGACCUCCUUUCAGGUGAUGGACACGACGAUAUCACAGCACAGUUGGCUGCUGCAGGUCCAAUCGGUGUUGCGGCUGCCGCUGCUAUCGCCACUGCAAAAAAACGAAAGAGACCUCAUUCUUUUGAAACCAACCCAUCCAUUAGAAAACGACAACAAACACGACUUCUCAGAAAGCUAAAAGCGACAAUAGAUGAAUAUACAACACGUGUUGGACAACAAGCAGUUGUCCUAAUAGUCACUCCCGGGAAACCUCAGAAUAAUUUCAAAGUGUUCGGUGCGCGACCUCUUGAAAAUGUGGUGAGACAUUGUCGGUCACUGAUAAUGCAGGAGUUGGAGACAGCACUGGCACAACAGGCACCCCCUCAAGUGAAAGAGGACCCCUCUUUGCAUGAAUUGCCUCCUCUAGUCGUUGAUGGAAUCCCAACGCCGGUCGAGAAGAUGACUCAGGCACAGCUCAGGGCUUUCAUUCCUUUAAUGUUAAAGUACUCAACCGGUAGAGGUAAACCUGGAUGGGGUAAAGAGUCAACACGACCCCCCUGGUGGCCUAAAGACCUUCCCUGGGCUAAUGUUAGAAGUGAUGCUCGAACUGAGGAAGACAAACAAAAAGUUUCGUGGACUCAUGCGUUGCGACAGAUUGUCAUUAAUUGUUAUAAAUUUCACGGAAGGGAAGACUUAUUGCCAACAUUUAGUGAAGACGACGACAAGUCUGGAAAUCAUACCAAAGAGAAGGUGAAAAAUCGAAGCACCCAUAGCAGCAUCAAUGUAACCAAUGUUACCAACGCUAGCGGUGUGGCCACUGUUUCCACAUUAACCGCUGACAAUACCCUCGCAGCGGCCGCUCAGGGGGUCAACGCUCUUUAUGCGCAACCAAUAGCACAUUACGCGCCAACAAUGUUACAAACAAUUAGUAAUCCCGACGGAACCGUAUCUAUCAUUCAUAUGGAUCCCAACAGUGCUGUCGUUACACUACCUGAUGGAACUCAAGCACAAGUUCGAGCAGUUAGUGCUUUAAGGAUACAAAACACUGGUAGUGAAGCCACACAAGCUGUACAAACAUUAGCAGACAUAGCUACUGGUCAGGAACAUGACAGAGUCACUCAAAUUGGAACUGUUAAUGUAGAUCUCAGCGGUGAUGGUACCACACAAACAGUAUCACUUGCCGAGGCUACCAUCAGUCCCGAUGGUCAGAUCAUCUUAACUGGAGAGGAUGGAACUCAAAGCACAUUUCCAGUCUCUGGAAUGGUUACAAUUCCGGUGUCAAUGUAUCAAACUGUUGUAACAAAUAUUCAGAAUCUAACUGAAGCUGGUCUACCAUUGACUAUGAGUGCUAUAACAGGUUCGGCACAAAUCGCUGAAUUGACUGAUUGUUCAGAUGAGAUGAAUGACCCGAACGCUACAACAGCCGUUUCCAUAUCAGAAGACGUCAAGACUGUUCUCAAUGGAACACAAACUUCAGUUGUUGUCACUGAAGAAGAAAUAUAUGUGGCGUUAGUGUCGAUAAAUAAUGUGAAUGUUUUGAACGCCAUUAAAAUUGAUUACUUGUAUCAACUAAUCGCUAAACAAAUGGUUACUUCAGAGGAACCGUCGUCUGGCAAUAGUUGGCCACUUUUGACAUCACAAGAGUUGCUACAACUCGCAGAUAUCGAUAGUCGCUUGUUUGGAGUGCUUCGUCUCGAAGAUCCCGUCAACAAUCAAACCAAGUCAUUGAUUGUUAAGGCCAUCAAAGCUUUGGAGACAUCGUUACUUCAAAGACAUCUCUUGCUUGAAAAGCACAACAAAAAUGGCAAUCAAGUCAAUGAUGACAAGGCUUUAAGUGAACUCAAGUGUAAACCAAUUGAUCCUAAGAUUUAUUGCAAAAUCGGUGACUUUAACUUAUUAUUAGGCAAUUAUGCUAAAGCACUGUCAGCCUAUCAACGAUUUAUUGCAUUAAGUGAAGAACACUGGAAAGAUGUGCCCUUCGUCUUCAGUCUUGGUCUCGUAUACUUUCACUUCAAUGCCUAUCAUUGGUCGAUUUGUGCAUUUCGUCAGGUCUUAUACUUGGAUCCAUCCUUUGCACGUGCAAAUGAAGCUCACGUGAGACUCGCACUCAUAUUUAAAGUGCUUAAUGAUUACAACUUAUCACUAAAGCACUUUCACUUAGCACUAAACGACUCUAAUGUUUGCUCGAUAUCUAAAUUAGAGAUUCACUUCCAUAUCGCACACCUGUUUGAGAUUCAGGACAAACACAAGUUGGCCAAAGAAGCCUACGAGAAGUUACUUCAAGAGAAAGAUCUUUCAGUCAAGUUAAGGGCAGACAUAUAUAAGCACUUGGGUUGGAUGCACCACAUCGUUGACUCUUUAGGUGAUAAACAGCACAGACAAACUCAAGCCUUGAAUUACUUGAAGAGCUCUAUAGAAGCAGAUCCUGAUUCUGGUCAGAGCUUGUAUUUCUUGGGCCGAUUUUAUGCAAGUUUAACCAAAGUUCACGAUGCCUUCAUUUCUUAUCGAAAUUCUGUGGACAAAGCAGAGGCUAACGCAGACACCUGGUGUUCAAUAGGUGUAUUGUAUCAGCAGCAAAACCAGCCUAUGGACGCACUUCAAGCUUAUAUAUGUUCAGUUCAGUUAGACAAGAGUCACUGCGCCGCGUGGACUAAUCUGGGAAUACUUUAUGAGAAUUGCAAUCAACCUCAAGACGCUUUAAAGUGCUAUUUGAACGCAUCCCGAGGCAAACCAACUCAAAGCAGUGGUCUUUCAGAAAGAGUUAAAUUCUUGCAAAGCCAACUCUCAACUGCUCCUCAUAAUAGCUCUCAGAGCAGUAAGACGUUGCCGUGUAUAGAGGAUGCCUGGAAUUUUCCCAUCUCUCAAGAGAUGGCUUCCCGACAAAAUGCAUUCCAACGACAAAACGAUGACACCGUCGGUGGUGGCGUUAAACGUCAAAAAACGGAGGGCCCGUCCAGAUUACCCGUUCAUAUGAACAGUUCGGCCCCACAAUCCCCUCACUACCUCAACCAACAACAGAUGCAAAUUAUGAAUUAUUUGCAUCAAAAUCAGGCAAAUUUGACUUCUCAGCAAAAGAGUCUUCUUCAGCAACAAUGUCGUUAUUUGGGACAACAAAAGCAAAUGUCUUUAUUAAAGCAACAGGCAAUGCAAGGCCAGACAACAGCAGGCUGUCCUACAACACCACCUUUUUUAUCGGAUAUAUCUAUAAAGUCUGAUUCAAUUGGUGCACAAUUUAGAUCACCAAUUAGUCAAAGCAUUCCUCACUUACAGUCGUCUGCAAAAAUGUCACCACAAAGUGUUCAGCAAAAAUUGGGUCCGUCCAGCACUAGUAGCGACUCAAACAAUGUCUUAUUGAACGACCAGGACUUACAAUCAUUACUUUCAAACAAACAGUUAAAUACAUCGACUGAAGACCUUGUGUUCAACUUUGAGUCGGACUCUAAUAUAACUCAAACAACUCAAUCAACUAAUUCUAGUCAUAAUGACAUCACUGCCAACUCCAGUAGUGCCCAAAACAGUGCUGUUAAUAGUAUUAGUUAUAAAAGUAAUAAUAAUAAUAAUACUAAUAAUAUUAAUAAUGAACAAACAAUAACUCAAAUGAUGUGUUCAGAUAAUUCAAAGCUUUUACAAUUAAAAUCUAUUGAUAACUCGUUGACUACAAUGACAUCGCUUUUAUCGACUUCUAGUCUCAAUCAACCGCAGCUCAAUAUUAAGAUGACGGCAAAAGAGAUUAUCAAUUCUUGUAAAAAACUGCCAAAAAAUACACGUAUAGUAUCGAGUCUUAUCUCGGAUGAGGGUCGACCACCUGUACCACCCGAUCCACCAUAUCCUCCACUUUCUAAUGAUAAACUACAUCCAGCAGCACCCAGUGUUUUUCUUGAAAACAAAAAGGAGGCCUUUUCUGCACAAUUACAUGAAUUUUGUUUAGCACAUCCUAUUGCUGUUAUUAGAGGGUUAGCCAGUGUUCUCAAACUAGAUUUAGGAUUAUUUUCAACCAAAACUCUUGUUGAGGCAAAUCCUGAACACUUAAUUGAGGUCAGGACACAAUUACUUCAACCUUCAGAUGAAAAUUGGGAUCCCGAGAGAAGACAACAAGUGUGGAGAUGUGAGAGCCAUCGGUCACAUACGACAAUCGCACGAUAUGCUCAUUAUCAGGCCUCCUCUUUCCAAGAAUCUCUUAGAGAGGAACAGGACAAAGCUUUAGGCUUAUCCAGAGAUUCAGAUACUGACUCUAAUUCUUCUGCUCCGUCCAAAGGAAAGAAAACUAAAAGGAACGGUACCUUUAAAACUGUAAAGUUUGGUACAAACGUUGAUCUAUCAGAUGAAAAGAAAUGGAAAACACAGUUACAAGAGUUAACAAAAUUGCCAUCUUUUGCACGGGUAGUGUCAGCCGGUAAUAUGUUGAGUCAUGUGGGACAUGUUAUUUUGGGUAUGAAUACAGUUCAGCUAUACAUGAAAGUACCCGGUUGUCGAACUCCUGGUCAUCAAGAAAACAACAAUUACUGUUCAGUUAAUAUAAAUAUAGGACCGGGAGAUUGUGAAUGGUUUGGUGUUCCCGAUGAAUAUUGGGGAGUCAUUCAGAGAAUGUGUGAAAAGAAUAAUAUAAAUUAUUUGCACGGCUCGUGGUGGCCAACUCUCGAUGAUUUAAUAGCCGACAAUAUACCGGUUUAUAGAUUUUUGCAGCGACCGGGAGAUCUAGUAUGGGUUAAUGCCGGUACAGUUCAUUGGGUUCAGGCUGUUGGCUGGUGUAAUAACAUUGCUUGGAAUGUCGGUCCUCUCACUGCCAAACAAUAUAUAUUAGCUGUUGAUAGAUAUGAAUGGAAUAAAUUAGAGAAUUUCAAAUCAAUUGUUCCGUUAAAGCACUUGACCUGGAAUUUGGCCCGAAAUAUAAAAGUAUCGGAACCGCAACUCUUCAAUAUGAUUAAGUAUGUUUUCAAACACUUUAAUUUUAAUUAUAGUAUUUAAUAUUUAUUUUAUUAAUAAAGACAUUCAUUGAUGAGAAGCUUAAAAUUAUGUCAAAUGACACUACAAUACAUUGAGAGUGUUGGUCGCGAAACUCGAUGGCACGGCCGCGGAAAGAAUGAGGCCGCACACUAUUGCGUCAAUUGUGAAUUGGAAGUGUUUAAUAUGCUUUUUGUUAAAGAAGUGGACAAAAAACAUGUCGUCCAUUGUUUAGACUGCGCUCGUAAAGCAAGUGCACAGUUAGAGGAAUUUGUAAUACUUGAAGAAUAUACUAUGGAUGAGCUGAUGGAAGUAUACGACAAUUUCACACUCCAUGCCAUCAGUUCUUCCUUCACGUGAUUUUAACAUUUUUGAGAUAUAUUUACAAUAGUUUUGAAUAAUAUUUAUUAUGAAUUAUUUACUUAAAAUUUAAUAUUAAAAUAAAUUGUAAACUGAAGAGAACUUUUUGUGAUAGAAAUACUAUUCUAAAGACUAGUGGUCUUCAGUUAAAUGUAUUGACGACUGAAUCCAAAGUACAAUAUUUAGCGAUCGUUUAGUGCUUAUUAUACAAUGUCGACAAUACUAACUAUUAUUGUAUUAUAAUCUGAGGUAAAGGUUUACAAAAUAGUUAAUUAUUGCGUUAUAUUUAUAUAACCAAUUAUAUUAUACUUAAUAUAUAUAAUA